AUGGGAGCCAAGUCUCAGAAGAGUCCAGGCAAACAAUUUACAUUUUAUUAUGAAAAUGAAUUCUGCCAACAAGAUUACUUUAUUAAAUCACCAUCUCCUCAGGUUUUCUUCUCUGCUGCCUCUUGGAAAAAGCGUCUUUUUAAUCUGGCAAAGAGUGGGGAAAAGAGCUUUAGCAUUUCCUAUUACAAAGACCAUCAAUGCCGAGGGUCCAUUGAAAUUGACCAAAACUCCAGUGUACAAAUUAGCAUAAGUAGCCAUGAAAAAAUGCAAUCCGUUCAGAAGAUGUUUGAAUGCUACCCUGAUGGGGCGAUGCCCAUCAGAACCACUAAGAGGGAAUGCUUCCUCAUUGGCUGUGACAGGGAGAAGAUUAAAGACUGGGUCUCCUUCAUGUCAUCAUUCUGCUGGGAUGUAAAAGCAGCCCAGAAUACAGAGGAGAAACUCUCAUUGGUUGAUAAAAAGCCCUCUUCAGACCCCAGCCCUCUCUGCCAUCCUUGCAGAGUACUGGAGGUUGUCAGCUCUUCCAUACCAGGAAAUAGUCUUCCAGACGUGCAUUUACUGGGAAAAAGUUCUCCAGGACUCAGGCAAGCUCAUCUACCAUAUGACUUCUCCUCAGAGGGCACUCAAGCUACAGAGGAAGAGAGUCAUUGUAUCAGCCCUAGACGCAUUCUUUCAGAGCUGGACCAUGUUUCUGCUUCCAGUGAUUCUAGUGAAUCCAUUGAACCUGGUAGUGCAGACCGGGUCUCCAAGAGAAUUGAGCACUAUUACAUGUCAAUGAAAUCUUGUUUUUUUGAAGAGACAUCCCAUGAGUCUGCUGAUAGCAAAGAGGAAUCACAGAAUCUUCCAGAGACCCAGAAUGGGAGGCUUCCCCUGCAGGAACAAGGUUCAGGAACUGACUCGUCUUUCACCUGCCAAUGCGGAAGCACCGACCACAGAUGACAAAAAGGA